AUGGGAACGGUCCAAUCUGAUGAAUUAUGUGCCACUAAAUCUGAUCUCGAUGAUACUGAUGAACUCGAAGAUUCCUCGGACCUUCAGCGCGAUCUAGAGCGUUAUGAAAGGUCUAAAGUCCUGACGGUAGACCAUACUAUCACCAUCAACCUGAGUGAUUCCGGAGAACCCAAAGAGGUGAAGAUAGGGGCAACCCUUCCCGAAGGUGAAGCAAAACGCCUGGUCCAACUGCUGAAAGAUUACCAGGAUAUCUUUGCAUGGUCGUAUGCCGAUAUGCCGGGUUUAGACCCUUCUAUCGUGGAGCAUAGUCUACCUACUAAUCCGGACAUACUACCCAAGAAACAGAGGUUGCGGAGAACCAAGCCUGAACUUUCAAAGAAGAUAGAGGAGGAGGUCAUGAAGCUCUUGAAAGUGGGAUUCAUCGAAGUCACUCAAUACCCCAGCUGGGUGGCCAACAUCGUGCCAGUCAUGAAAAAGGAUGGCCGAGUGCGGGUUUGCAUCGAUUACCGCGACCUAAGCAAGGCCAGCCCUAAAGACGAUUUCCCUUUGCCACACAUAGACGUCUUGGUGGACAGUACUGCUGGGUUCGAGCUGUUUUCCUUCAUGGAUGCCGAGUACGAAGCCUGCAUCCUCGGACUCCAAGCCGCAGUAGAAAUGGGGAUAACCAAGUUGAAAGUGUUUGGUGAUUCCGCUCUGAUUAUUCUCCAAACUGUAAGAGAGUGGAAGACGAGAGACACCAAACUAGUGCUGUACCAUGAAUACCUCGAAGAAAUCAUGGAGGAAUUCGAGGAUAUCUCCUUUGAGUACUUAUCAAGAUCCCAUAAUCAGUUUGCUGAUGCGCUAGCUACAUUAUCAUCCAUGCUGCAAGUGACUGGUGGAAUAGAGGUAGAACCCCUGAAAAUUGAAGUCCUGACAAAACCAGCCUACUGUAUGGUUGUAACUGGAGAACCUGACGAGAAGCCAUGGUAUUAUGAUAUCAUGAGUUACAUCCAGAAACAAAAAUUUCCUGAGGGAAGCACCCCGGCUGACAGGAAGUACAUAAUGAAAAUGGCUUCAAAAUUCUUUGUCAGUGGUGAAAAGCUGUACAAAAGAUCCUAUGAUUCGAUCCUACCGAGGUUCUUUAGUGAUCGGCUCGGCAUGCCAAGUGGUCUUACUCAAGCGGCAAAUUGA